AUGACAAGCAAUCAACCCACACCCCGCAAACGAGGUAUCGUCUCCUACGGCUCCUACAAGACAGGAGGAUGGAAGCUCAAGGACAUCACUCUCCGUCCCUUGAAAGAAAAAGAACUCCUAGUUGAGAUCGUCGCAUCGGGAAUAUGCCAGACGGACCUGCAUUUUGCAGGCGCAGAGAGUGGAUUCGGCGUGCACUAUCCUCGGAUCAUGGGUCAUGAAGGCGCCGGAUACGUCCGAGAAGUAGGCCCAGGAACACACGUCGCCCAAGCGGGCGACCCAGUGAUCCUCUCCUUCUCCGCGUGCAAGACCUGCGAGCCAUGCGAGACAGGCCACCCCGCGCAUUGUGCCAACUUCAACGCGAUAAACUUCGAGGUGGAGCCUGAUAACUUUGUCUUUAACGAGGAGGCAUUGGAAUCGGCAUCCACAUCGACGGAACCGAGCAUCUACGGACGAUUCUUCGGGCAGUCGAGUUUUGCAAGUUACUCGAUCGUCCGCGAAGAUUCCGUGGUUAAUGUUCGCAGUGUGGUCGAGACCAGGUCGGAGCUGCAGUUGCUGUCGCCUCUGGGCUGUGGGAUUCAAACCGGGAGCGGGGCGAUUCUCAAUGCUGCAAAUGCUACUCCGAAGGACCGGGUGGCUGUCUUGGGUCUCGGAGGCGUCGGGUUGAGUGCUGUUAUGGGCGCGAAGAUUGCCGGCUGUGCGCAGAUCAUCGGUAUUGAGCGACAUGCUUCCCGGCUGGAGCUGGCGAAGGAACUAGGUGCUACACAUGUCGUGCAGGUUGAUACGACGGCGGACCCGCAGAGUGUAUCAGAUGCUGUUCUGGCCGCCACGAACAACCUGGGUGUUAACAUCGUGCUGGACACGACUGGUGUACCUGCACUGAUUGCCCAAGGUGUCAGGAUGGCUUCAUUUAAGGGGAAGAUUCUGCAGGUUGGGACAGCGCCGGAGACGGCGACGUUGACUAUCCCGAUUCACCAGUUCAUGGCAGCAGGGAAGCAGUAUAUGGGUGUGGUAGAGGGAGACGUCAACCCAAAGGAGUAUGUGCCCAAGAUGGUCAAAUGGGUGCGAGACGGAAGCCUGCCUCUGCAAAAGAUUGUCAAAUUCUACAAGGCGGAGGACUUUGAGCAGGCGAUCCGUGAUAUGCAGUCCGGGGAGACGAUCAAGCCAGUCAUUUUGUGGUAG